GAGCAAGCGCAGUAGCAAUCGCAAUCCAUCGGAAAUAUAUCCGCCGCCGCCGCCGCCGCCGUCUGCACCAUGCUCCGGCUCCGAGAGUGCGUCCUUUCCCGUCUCCUCUCUUCUCCUCCCACCUCUCCCAUCUGCUCGCUUCGCCGCCUGCUCUCCGCCACCGCGUCUCCCCCCAUUUCCCCGAACCCUAGUACCUUCGCCGUGGAGGAGUAUCUCGUCGACACCUGCGGCCUCACCCGGCCCCAAGCCCUCAAGGCCUCCAAGAAGCUCUCCCACCUCAAAUCCCCCACCAAGCCCGACGCCGUCCUCGCCUUCCUCUCCUGCCUCGGCCUCUCCGCCGCCGAUGUCGCCGCGGUCGUCGCCAAGGACCCGCGGUUCCUUUGCGCCAAAGUGGAGAAAACCCUGGCUCCGGUGGUUGAUGGACUCACCGGCCUCGGUCUCUCGCGUCCUGAGAUCGCCCGCCUCGGCUCGCUCGCCCACAGCGGCUUCCGCUGUAGAUCCAUAGUCUCCAAGCUGCACUACUACCUGCCCCUCUUGGGCUCCUUCCACAACUUCCUCCGGCUGUUCAAGCACUCAUCCCACCUCUUGUUUUCGGACCUCGACAAGGUUGUUAAGCCCAAUGUCGUGUUCCUGCACGAGUGUGGGCUAGGUGAUUGUGAUAUUGCCAAGCUGUGUAUCGCUGUGCCGAGGAUGCUGACCACCAACCCUGAGCGCGUCGCCGCAAUGGUGGCAUGUGCUGAAAGAUUAGGUGUACCUCGUGGCGCUGGGAUGUUCAGGCAAGCGCUGCAGGCUGUCGCGUUUCUCAGCGAGGAGAAGAUCGCCGCCAGAUUGGACUACUUGAAGAAUACGUUCGGGUGGUCUGAUGCCGAAGCAAGCAUUGCUGUGCGCAGGUUCCCGAGUGUGCUGAGGAAUUCAAAUGAAUCUCUGAAGCGUAGGUCCGAGUUCCUGGUAUCUGAGGUGGGGCUGGAACCUGCGUCCAUUGCUCAUCGACCGGUAAUUCUCAGUCUUAGCCUGGAGGGCCGACUCAGACCCCGGUACUAUGUUAUAAAGUUUCUCAAGGAAAAUGGACUGCUAGAUGGUGACCUGAGCUUCUUUACUGCGGUCAAGAUGACUGAGAAUGUAUUUAUGGAGAAACUCAUAUCCCCUCACAAGGAAGCUGCACCACACCUCGCUGAAGACUAUGCAACCGCUUGCAAAGGGGAAGUACCGACUAAUUUCAGAUUCAUAUGAACAGAGAAGGGCUAUGGAAAUUGGUUACAGCCUAUGGCACAACAAAGUUAUCACCCUGUCUGUAAGCGUUAGUACUUCCUGUUUCGGUGUUCUUUGCCUAAGAUGAUGUUGGUUGUUUACUGUAGUAUGCCUUUUACAUGCUAGUUAGUCAUUGCUAAAUGCUAAGUCCUUGCGAAACUGAAAAUUUGAUUCCUGGACCCCCAUAUGUUGAUGUUGUCAUUUCUUAGAGAAGAUCUCUGUAAAUGAGAAGUCCAUGGAUAUAUAUUUGAUUCUGACUUCCAUUGAA